UUCUGGCGUCCGAAGGGUCACAUGGUUCCAGAAGGCCGGGAGCUCCGUCAAGGCCGCUGUAUGGUGGUCUGGCUGUGCUUCAAGUCCGAGGAGAACGCUCUGACGUCACUUACCUGGCGUGGGUGCUUUCUGUUGAACGGUCAGAAUUCCACCCCGCCCUGAGCCUUGUGCCUGGCGCCUUUGGGAGCUCCAGCCCCUGUAGUCGAGGCCUUUUGAAGGGGCCCUUACAGGCUCCUUUCCUUCAGGGCAAGCUGUGAGGAUCCCACAUUUUGCACAGGGGUGAGAGCCGCGGGCUCAGGUGUGCCUCCUCAACUGACUUGUCUGGGGUCCCAGGAGGCAGGCCCGGCAGUGGGGACCCUUGGCCUCGGGUCACAGGCUGAACCGGUUCCAGGUGGCUGGUGCAGUGCUGCCACCUCCAGACUCCCCAGGCGAGUGCCAUGUAAACUGGUGUUUCCUGUGACCAGGAAACCCAGCGACAAGGCUGUCCCACCUCUUACGGGCGCAGGAAUGAAGUCUUAGUGUCUGUCAGAUCCAGGUGCUGUCUGCGGCUGCUGGUUACUGCAAAGCUCGGGGCAGGUCCUGUUCAGACGCGGCCCCUCUAGUACCCUACAGCCCGCCCUGCACUGCAGCCACAUUGGUAACUUGGCCCCCCCCAACGCCCCCAAACCCAGAGCCCCAGCAGCUGCUGUGCCAAGCCCUGCCUUCUCCCGUGCCUCAUGCCUUCCUGUUCGCUCUGGCCCAGCCCGGCUCUCCCGUGGCCUUUCGCCAGCUGCCUGAGGGCGCCUCCCUGCACUUCCUGGUCUUGGCAGACCUGUUCUCUCCUUGUCACUCUGCUCGGCCUAAGUGCCACCACGAGUGGCCUCUCACUGUCCAACCUUGAUUAGCCAUCCUGUACUCCCAGCGGAGCCACAGUCGCUUUGUGGGGGGCGGGGGUGUCGGCCUUGUGAGCCUCAGGUGGCUUCGACGGGCUGGUCCCGCCGGGUGCUCCAGGCAGAACGGCAGAUGCCGCGAAGGGUCUCUGGCACUACCCGUUGGAGCUGAGGAAGGAACAGCCUCGUCUGCCCUUUCCAGCCCCUGUGCCCGACACUUCAGCUGGGGCUGCUGUCUCUGGACGACAGGGCUCCUUUUCUCCACCUUGGCCCUGCCCCUUUCCAGCCCUGCACCUGGCUGAGGCUCCGUCCUGACACAACUUCUCUAAUGCUCGAAAGUAAGAUAGGAUAGAGAUCUCAGAGAACUUCUACAUCCUAAUUUACUGUCUGAAAUUUCACCGUGAAUGUGUGUUUUCUUUUAUGUUGAAAUGUGUGGAGUCGCCCACGUGUCGUUGCCUUUGGCUCACUAGGCAGUGGCUCCAGUCACCUGUUUGCUCACAGGCUCCCUCUCUCUCCCGUCCGGCACGCACGACCUGUAUGCCGGGGAAGGGUCACAUCCCCACCUUGUCGUGACCCAGCGGGAGGCUGAUCACAGUUGACGCCCAGGCUUGUGCAGGACACACUGUGGCUGCUUUGCCUGGGCACAGUCUCAGGGCCAGACCCCUCAGACACAGGCUCAGGGCCAGACCCCUCAGACACAGGCCCUGCACGCCUGGGUCGGCACAAAGGGGCUUCGACCCAGGCAGGGGUCCGCGCGCUGCCCACAUGGCUUCUGAGGCCCACAGCCAAGCACAGGGACGAUGUUUGGGGAGUGCACACCCCUCCACCUGAUGAAGCGCUGACAGCUCCUCCCACUGGGCCAAGCCGGUUCCACAGCCCAGCUCAGACUCCGGUGUGGCUGGCCUGUGGCACCGCACCUGGUCAACAGCCGAGCGCAGCCAGCGAGUUCAGUGAAGUGCAUGGCACCUGCCGUCCGGCCUCUUUGCUGUUAAAGGGGAUCUCAGGACUUUUUGUUUUAAAUAGGUGAUUGGCCAAGAGGAUCAUGUAAAUGGUAAAAAGAUUAAGGUGUGCUUAUUUUUAGUUUUAGGGAGUUUUCCUGCCAUAGUGCCUUUCAAAAGUCAACUUUAGGAUUGUUUCACUUUCAGUUUUGAGUUUACAGAAAUUAAGUUUAUAGUGCAGGUGCUCAGGAGAGUUUUUGGGGGCUGGUGUGCCCUACACUUCCUUUGUUAGCAAAGUGGGACCAAAACGCUAUGACCGAAGCCACUGCACCGCACUUGUGAGCCAGCACGUGACCUGGGCAGACGAUGACGCUCACAGAGGGCGUCAUGCAUGGCUCCUCGUGCAGAAACGCCUGGCCAGGGCACAUCCAGGACCCUGCCAGCCAGCGGCUGACGUGGAACAAGUCCCCAAAGAGCGUUCUCGUCGUCAAGAAGAUCCGGGACGCCAGCCUGCUGCAGCCCUUCAAGGAGCUGUGCGUGUACCUGAUGGAGGAGAACAACAUGAUUGUGUAUGUGGAGAAGAAAGUUCUGGAAGACCCUGCCAUAGUGAGCGAUGACAACUUUGGACCAGUCAAGAAGAAGUUCUGCACCUUCCGAGAAGAUUAUGAUGACAUUUCCAAUCAAAUCGAUUUCAUCAUAUGCCUGGGCGGGGACGGGACCCUGCUCUACGCGUCCUCACUGUUCCCGGGCAGCGUGCCUCCGGUCAUGGCGUUCCACCUGGGCUCCCUGGGCUUCCUGACCCCCUUCAACUUUGAGAACUUUCAGUCCCAAGUUACUCAGGUGAUACAGGGGAAUGCGGCCGUUGUUCUUCGGAGCCGACUGAAGGUCAGAGUCGUGAAGGAGCUCAGAGGGAAGAAGAUGGUGGUGCCCAACGGGGUCAUCGAGAACGGCGUGAUGCCCGUGGACCUGGAAGCGGAGGUCGGGAAGCAGGUCAUGCAGUACCAGGUCCUGAACGAGGUGGUGAUUGACAGAGGCCCCUCCUCAUACCUGUCCAACGUGGAUGUCUACCUGGAUGGGCACCUCAUCACCACAGUGCAGGGUGAUGGGGUGAUCGUCUCCACCCCGACGGGCAGCACAGCGUAUGCGGCCGCCGCCGGGGCCUCCAUGAUCCACCCCAACGUGCCGGCCAUCAUGAUCACGCCCAUCUGCCCCCACUCGCUGUCGUUCCGGCCUAUCGUGGUCCCCGCGGGGGUCGAGCUGAAGAUCAUGCUGUCGCCAGAAGCAAGGAACACUGCAUGGGUGUCCUUCGACGGACGAAAGAGACAGGAGAUCCGCCAUGGGGACAGCAUCAGCAUCACUACCUCUUGCUACCCUCUCCCCUCCAUCUGCGUCCGAGACCCCGUGAGCGACUGGUUCGAGAGCCUGGCGCAGUGUCUCCACUGGAACGUGCGGAAGAAGCAGGCACACUUCACGGAGGAGGAGGAGGGGGAGGGGGAGGGGGCGGGGGAGGGGGAAGAGGGAGACGGUUAGGCCUGAGCUCCUGCUGUCCACACUAGGGACCCCAGAGACCCGAAGCUGCUCCGCUGCCUCGUUCCCACUUGCCCUCCGGGAGCAGGCUGACCUGAGCCCCGAGCAGACAUCAGAAGUCACAGCACUUUCUCUUGUAGCCCGGGAAGAGCCAGGAAUCUGCCUUUUGUCGACCAGAUCAGCCAUUUUUUAACAUUUUAAAUCUGACUUCUUUUUGCAUUUCUAAACAAAAGUGAAUGCUGGUGGGGCUCGGAAGUCCGCACCAGGGCUGUGUGUGCCGGUGCUGUCCCUCAGAGCCUGGUCCCAGGGCGGGGACGCCAGAGGGGGAUGUGCUCUUCUGUGAUUCCUCGUCAGGAAACUCGCGCUUCAGUCAGCCUGUUGAAAUUCAGAGGGGAUCACAACGGCUUGAUCUGUCUUUCCGUGUCGAAAAUAAAUGUCUUGUAGCCAAAAAUCUUCCUUUAGCUACCACGAUUUUCCCCUUAAGUCCUGCACCUUUUCCCCUAAAAGGACCGGAAGGGGACGCUUCUGGAGAGAGCAGUUUGGUGUUUGAUUGGCUGAUGCGUGGAGGGUCCCCCCUUCCUGCCCUGCACCUGCACCUCCUCUGGGCGCACCUUCCUGCCUUGGUCUCCAGGCCCUCCCCUCCCCCACUGCUGUGGCUCAGGAGCCCAGCGGAGCCCAGCGGUGGCCCGGUGGGAGGUCAGACCCAUGCACAUUCCUCACCAAGCAGGGGCGGCUCCCUCUGCACCCUGGAAGGUAUUUUAAGUCCUGUGUACACUUUGUAGAGAUCAUUUUAAGCUUUUUGAACUGCUUGCGUACAGAUUGUAUUGUAGGGAGCGGGAUUUGUACUGUCACGAAAUGGAGCUUGCUCCAAUGUUUACACGUGCUCCGUGUGGCACUGUGUGCUGGGACCACUCUGUUCAGUGUGCUCACCGUGGGGUGACGGCCCACGGGGAGAGGGUGCUUCUCGGUGAGUAAGCCGUGGGACUUGCUCCUGCAGCUGGAAGAUGAGGACGCCACUGCUUAGUGAGGAAAGAGGUGGUUGGGUCGUUGUGUGUUGGUUCUGCUCUUGCUUCUCCCCGUGGGCCUUCAGCUCGCGAGGAAGCUCCCAUCAUUCCAGCGGUCACUCCACUGCCCGCUGGCUGCGUAGGGCGUGGGCACGUGUGCUUGCCACAUGGGCCCCCGAGCCUGUGUGCUCUGGUGGGAGCUGUGGCUCAGUGCAUGUGGCUUUGGCCCCUGGUUAUUGUUGCCUGACAGACGUCCUGUAUUUGGGCAUCUGUUUCUGAGUAACUGGUAUCUCUUGGAGCUGCAAUUUUUAUCUGUUGAAUCGGCAAGAAUAGAAGGGACAGAAACUGCCCUUUUUCCUUGGGGCCACCUCUGGGGGGACAGGGACGGUCCUGUGCUUUGUUUUGUGGAGGGUCACGUGCCUCAUUCUUGGGCUGAUAGAAAGGCUGGGGGCCCGCGCGGGCAGCCACCCACCACCGAGGGGCCUCGGUGGAACAGGCUCUGUGGCCUGAGCGUGGCCUCCUACCUCCAUGCUUCGGGGCUUCUGGCCCUCAGGUGGUUCUUGGCUAAUGGCCUGGAGUUGGAAAGGGAAGGGCCUGCAUAGCCAUCCAGCAGGGGCGGGACGCGGUUAGAGGGUUGCUGCCCAGCCUCCCUUGGGCUGAGAGGGGCCCGAACCAAAACUCCCAGCUUUAGGUCCAAAAGACAGUGGCAUUUGGGAUUUGGGUCACUGGUUUAGACAAAAAAAAAAAAAAAAAAAGCAAGUAUUAACCAAGUCCAAAAGCAGCAUGAUUUGGAAUGAUCUAGAAAACAUUGGAUUUUUUGAAGUAAAUUCUUAAUGUUUCAUAUUGUUAAUAUCUCGAAUAUUUGUUAGAUGUCGUUGAAAGCCUUACUACAAUAUUUUCAGAUCCUUUCAAUAAACAGACUUGUUUAAAAACUUG